AUGGAGUCCAUCAUAGUCAGCAUGCUGAACAAUCGCCUGGCUGAAAUGACUACCUACAUGCCGGUCAGCGGUGGCUUUAUCGGACUCGCAGGCUAUUGGGCGGAUGAGGCCUUGGGCUCAUGGCAGGAUGAAAUUUUCUUCAAGGCUUCAACUGUUCGGUUAAUUUACUGCUGGAGUACUGGCGUCACCCGACUCCCGUUGUCGCCCGGUAACCCAAAAGAAGACGCAUACGGCUUCCGCUACUGGCAAAGUCCCGGAAAUUUUGCUCCUUAUAAUACCGGGGGGAAGCUCGGCCACAUGGAAGGGUUUCUCGGUGCGCUAUGGAUAGCUGCCUCUUGA